AAACAAAAUGCCCUACAAAAAUCUUACCAUUGAUAGCCACUCAUCCCAGAAAUGGCGAUUCUCAGCUUCUGCUUCUGUUGUUCAAAACUCCCCUCAAAUCCAAAACUUCACAAUCUCCAUCUUUCCCCACAAACUGAUCAAGCUACAUCACUGGUUUCUCUAAAAUCAGCUGAAUUUUCGAGAAAUGGUUUCAUCUCAUUAAGCGAAUCAAUCUCAAGAGCAAGUUUUCUGGCCCUUCUCUCUGCUUCACUCUUCUUUGCUUCAGAUCCUGCUUUAGCCUUUAAAGGUGGAGGCCCUUACGGUGCUGGAGUAACAAGAGGCCAAGAUCUAACAGGGAAGGAUUUUAGUGGUAAAACUUUAAUCAAACAAGAUUUUAAAACUUCAAUACUCAGACAAGCUAAUUUUAAAGGUGCGAAGUUACUCGGAGCUAGCUUCUUUGAUGCCGAUUUAACUGGUGCUGAUCUAUCUGAUGCGGAUCUUAGAGGUGCUGAUUUCUCCUUAGCUAAUGUGACUAAGGUGAAUUUAAGCAAUGCUAAUUUGGAAGGAGCACUUACAACGGGGAAUACAUCUUUCAAGGGUUCCGUUAUACAAGGAGCAGAUUUCACCGAUGUUCCUCUAAGAGAAGAUCAACGGGAAUACCUUUGCAAAUUUGCUGAUGGAGUGAAUACAGUUACUGGUAAUGCAACACGAGAGACAUUGCUUUGCGAAUAGCUUUGUGUAGUGUAAGCUUUGUACUCCUUAUAGUUUUCCCUGUAUAUGAGUCUGGCUAUUCAACCUGUU